AUAUAGCCUUAUCCGGCAUUUGUGAAUAGUGGCGCCAGCUGGUCGAUGAAUAAUCCGCAGGAGUCUACAAUUCUUGGGCAAAAUUAUUGUAAAUAAUUGAUUGAAAAAGCAAAAAAAUGGGUGAAGGUGAUGAUAAACUGGCAGAGUGUUCUCUGACAAGAGAUGAGAUAUCUAAAAAAGCACUUAAAAAGCAACAAAAGGAAAUGCAGAAAGCAGCAAAAAAGGCAGAAAGAAAAGCUCAAAAUACUCAACAAGAAUCUAUAAAUGAAGCUGAAGAUGUGUCUGCGGGAAAGUAUGGACAAAUGGAUAUGAUUCAAAGUAAAGAAAAAUUCGAGGAUAGAAAGUUUACAGCAAUCAAGAACCUGAAUAAAAAUCUGCAGGAUCAAAUGGUUUGGUUGAGAGGUCGUUUACAUAUUAGUCGUGCCAAAGGCAAGCAAUGCUUCAUCGUAUUAAGACAGCAAUCAUAUACGGUGCAAGGAUUAGCUGCUGUGAAUGAAACAAUCAGCAAACAAAUGAUUAAAUUUAUUUCCAACAUCACAAAAGAAUCUAUAAUUGAUGUCAAGGCCGUAGUGAAAUCCGUAUUCAAAAUCGAGUCAUGCUCGCAAAAAGAUGUGGAAGUUCAUAUAGAAGAGGUAUUUGUGAUAAGUGCUGCCAAGCCGCAGCUUCCCUUACAGAUAGAAGACGCUGCGAGACUUAUCAAUGAAGCAGAUGAGACGGCGUUGAAUAUUCGAGUGAAUCAAGAUACCAGACUGGAUAAUAGAGUACUAGAUCUGCGUACUCCAGCUAAUCAGGCGAUUUUCAAAGUAGAAGCUGGCGUUUGUAAGCUCUUUAGAGACAUUCUAACGGAGAAAGGUUUUGUCGAAAUUCACACUCCUAAAAUUAUCUCUGCAGCCAGCGAGGGUGGAGCGAAUGUAUUCACAGUGUCUUAUUUCAAAAACAAUGCUUAUCUGGCUCAAUCGCCACAAUUAUAUAAGCAGAUGGCGAUUGCUGCUGAUUUUGACAAGGUUUUCACUGUUGGUGCAGUUUUCAGAGCGGAAGAUUCCAAUACGCACAGACAUUUGACAGAAUUUGUAGGUCUUGAUCUGGAGAUGGCUUUUAAAUAUCACUACCACGAGGUAGUGGACACUAUCGGACAGAUGUUCACCGAACUUUUUAAAGGUUUACGUGACAUUUAUGCGGAUGAUAUAGCAGCAGUCAGUCAACAAUAUCCCGUGGAGCCUUUCAAAUUUCUCGAACCAGCUUUGAAAUUAGAGUAUCCACAGGCGAUCGAAAUGUUAGCGGAAGCAGGUGUAACUCUCGGUGAAGAAGAUGAUCUGUCGACACCAGAUGAAAAACUCUUAGGAAAACUUGUUAAAAUUAAAUAUGAUACGGACUUUUACAUUUUGGAUAAGUAUCCUCUUGCUGUGAGGCCUUUUUAUACAAUGCCGGAUCCAAACAACCCUAAAGCGUCCAACUCAUAUGACAUGUUUAUGCGAGGCGAAGAGAUUAUAUCUGGUGCACAACGUAUCCACGAUCCAGACUUUCUGACUGAACGAGCUAAGCACCAUGGAAUCGAUAUCGAGAAAAUCAAGUCAUACAUCGACGCUUUUAGAUAUGGCUGUCCGCCGCAUGCUGGUGGCGGUAUAGGUAUGGAACGCGUUGUGAUGCUGUAUCUCGGUCUGGACAACAUUCGUAAAGUGUCCAUGUUUCCGCGUGAUCCUAAACGGCUCACUCCAUAAAAUAAAUUGCAUUAUUUCAACAGAUAUUCUUGUAUACUCUAAUGUAAAAUCUUUUAUCUUAAAUAUACACGCACUUUAUAAAUGAUA